UCAUACACGUGGUGUUAUCAACUUAUCAUGGCAUCCGCCAUGUUGAAAAAAUCAGAUCGGGGGAAAAGCACAGAUCGUGAGACAGUAUCAGUGCCAGUUAAAAUUCCCCUGAAUAACGUUUCAAGUGAAAAUAUUUUUGAACGAAUACGUUCGGCAACUGUUACAAAAAAUUCUGCCAGUGCACAAGAAAAACAGGAUACGCCACGUGCUAGUAGUAGUACUGUUACGAAUAUCACGUCUCCACGAAAUGAGGUUAGUGAUUUGAAUGAGAACAUUCUUGUCGAAAAGAGAAAUUCUACACAAAACAUGGAUAACCUGGCUAAGUGUUUUGAUAUGUUAACAAACACAAUAACAGCAGGUUUUCGAGGGCUACGAUCAGACAUAGUCGAACUGAUUUCCGAUCAGAACAAUCCAUGUAACGAUUAUGAAUCGGAAGGAUACUCGGAUUAUGAUUCCGAGAUUGACAGUAAUGUAAAUUCACAAGUAACAGAUACGAAUAAAAGUGUGAACGACUUACUAUCGAAAACAAAAAUAUCGGGUUCAAUAUCCGGAAAAGCACAAGAUUCAGGGAAAAAUGAAAACGAAUGUGGGUCACAAUCGCAAUUUUUGAAAGUUGCUGCUGAACAAAUAACUUCACAAGAUGUUACAACAGACCCAAUACACAAAGACUUGGCGAAGCUUGUUGAUGAUCUUAUGUUCAAAAUUAAAGUUGACAAAAAGUUAGCAGACCAAGUUAAAGAGUCGGCAGAAAAAAUCAAAAGACCAGAAAAUUGUGAGAGUUUGGUAUGUACAAAAGUUGACGAGUUAAUCUGGAAUAGAUUACUAAUUGCAACCAAGUCGUUGGAUAGCAGAUUUCAACAUGGCCAAUUAUUUUUGGUGAAAAGUGUCACGGUGUUGGUGAACAUUUUGGAAAAGAUUGUGUCAAACAAAGAACUAGAAAAAGAAGAUUUGGUCAAAGAAUUGAUAAAAUCAAUCGAAAUGCUUAGUUUUUCGAACUAUGAACUGAAUAUGAGGAGAAGAGAAUGCUUAAAAGGUGAUAUAGACAGUGUUAACUACUUAUCUCUUUUCUCUUCGGGAGUACCGAUAAACCAAUAUUUGUUUGGCAGAGAACUGGGCAAGAGACUUGUUGAAAUCGAAAAGACCAACAAAGCAGUCAACAAAGUCAUGACUAGCAAAACUGCAAAGCAAAGAGGAGGUUACCAGGGAAACAGAGGUCGUCGUUAUCAACCAUAUUCCCGACAAGGGUUUCAAGGCAAUUGCAGAGGUAGAAAUGCGCCUUUUUUAGGCCAGGCUCACAAAAGAGGAGAUUACAGCAGGAAGUUCUCAAAAGGAAAAAAGAACUUCAAACAAGAGUAAAUACUGAUAAGUCUAAUGAGUAUCAUAAGUCGAGUACUUCAGAAGAUUCAAGAGGAAAAAGCGGAGGGGGUAAUAGUGGUCCCAGUAUGGCCUACGCAAACGUGGUACACAAGUCUCAUGGAACUUUUAGUGGAUGUUCCCCAGAUAAUUCGGAAAGCUCCCAAUUGGUUGAAGUUGCCUCAUUCGGAAAAGACACAUUCGUUGAAGAUGACACUGAUGGCAUGUCGAGUGUGUGGAUCAAGUUGCAGGAACAAGGAAUUUCUCGAGAAGUAUUACAGAUUAUCAAAGAAUCAUGGAGAGGAUCCACUAGAAGUCAGUAUGCAGGAUUUAUUAAGAAAUGGACAAGCUUCUGUAGUGAAAGGUGUAUUCAUUUCUUUCAACCAACUGUGAAUGAUGUGUUAUAAUUUUUAUUAUUAUUACAUAACAAAAAUUUGAGUUACAGUUGUAUCAAUACUGCCAGAUCAGCAUUAUCUUGUUUUGUGAAAAUAGAUGAAAAUAUUCUGUUUAGAUGUUGGUAAACAUCCUUUGGUAUCACGAUUUAUGAAAGGUAUUUUUCAGAUUAAUCCAACAAAAUCUCGUUAUACCGAGAUUUGGGAUGUGAAUGUUGUUUUUGAAUAUAUUAGGAGUAUGGAGAGUAAUGAGUCAUUAUCACUGAAACAAUUGUCACUGAAAACUGUAACUUUAAUGGCAAUGAUUUCCUCUCAAAGAGUGCAGUCUAUUCAUAAUACAUGUUUGUCAAACAUGAUUGUUGAUGAUUCUAAAUAUGUUUUUUAUUUAGGGAAGAUAAAGCAAUCUAGACCUAAUUGUAAAUCAUUUUAUAUGGAUUUGAAAAAGUUUCCAAGUGAAGAAAAAUUAUGUAUUUUUCAAUGUCUGACAGAGUAUUUAAAGCGCACAGAAACUAUUAGGAAUGAGUGUGACAAAGUGUUUAUUAGUUAUUUGAAACCACAUAAACAAGUGAGCAAAAGCACUAUUGCAAGAUGGAUCAAGACAUUUCUGGGAUUAGCUGGAAUUGACAUCAAGAAAUUUUCAGCACAUAGUACCAGGGCUGCUUCCUCUUCUGCGGCAAGGUUUAGUGGGGUUCCAAUCGGGGAGAUUCUGAAACAAGCUGGCUGGAGUUCUGAAAAAACUUUUCUUAGGUUUUAUAAUUUAGAUAUUGUGAAAAAUAACCAGUAAAUUUCUUUAAUUACCAAAGAUGUGUUUCAUACAAUUGCUUUCACAUUGUGAAAAAGGUUUUUAUU